AUCAACACGGUUUUACACAGAAUUUGAUAAAACUACACAACGACGGCAUGGUCCGCCAGUGUCUUCGUGUUUCACUCUGCUCUAAACAUUCCUGAUGGGGCCAGACAGCUGCUCUGACACACAAUGGCUGAUGUGGCUGCAGUUUCUCCACUGGCAUGCCCUCUGACCUUCAGCCGGAGCAGUAUAUAUAGGCCGGGCGAUGAGGGGAAGGCCCCUGGCAGCCAACAUGAAGUCUGUGCUGUCUGUGUGCUGCUUGCUGUCUCUGCUGGUCCUGUCUGCUGCAGAUCUUCUGACGGGCCCCUCCAGCCACGAUGAGGAUCCCUUGGUGCAGCUGCAGCAGCCGGAGGGAGAUGCCUUCUCCUGUGGAUGUGAUACAACAGAGGAGCACACUAGCCAGAGCUCCUCCAACGACACCCCGGCCCCGGAGAGGACCCUCUGCCAGCCCUGCAAACCUCCAUCAGCUGUAGGUACGGAAGAAGAUUCGGCUUCGACCUCGGAGCAUGAAGAGGAGGAGGAGGAGGAGGCAGCUUCAGUGGAGGGGGAUGCUUCCACUGAGGAGAUUACAGGUGAUGGAGAGGAAGAGCCGGAAGAGGCUGCGUCUCAGGAUGAGGUAGAAGAAGAGGCAUCUGAGGAGAAGGCUGAGGAAGAGCAGGAAGUGUCUGAGGAGGUUGCAUCAGAUGAGGAGGAGGAGGAGGAGGUAGCUGUGGUUGAGGAGGAGAACAUUGAGGAAGUCAAAAAAGAAGCAGAGGAGGAAUUAUCCAAAGAAGAAGUGCAUGAACCUCAGGAAGGAGCUGCAGAGACGGAAGAAGCUGCUGCUGAAGAAGAAGCAGUUGAGGGAGGUGAAGACACGCAGGAGGAUCCGGAGGAGGAAGUUGAGGAGGAGGACGAUGUGGACACGGUCCUACGCGAGGCCGCAGAGGAGGAAGCUGCAGAGGAAGAGCCAGAAGCAGCUGAACCCGAACCAGAAGCAGAACCAGUUGAGCUUCCUCAAACGGACUCUGAGGAAUCUGAGGAAACAGAGUCUGAAGCGAUAGCAGAAUCUGAACCAGAACCAGAGGUGACUGAGGAGCCUGAACCAGAACCAGAGGUGACUGAGGAGCCUGAACCAGAACCUGAGGUGACUGAGGAGCAGGAGGCCGACGUGUUUACAGAGCCAGAACCUGAAGUCAUUUCAGAACCGGAGGUGGUUCCCGAGUCUGAGGCUGAACCAGAGGUGACUUCAGACCCGGAACCAGAACCAGAGGUGAUUGAAGAGCCUGAACCAGAACCAGAGGUGAUUGAAGAACCAGAACUAGAGGUGAUUGAAGAACCAGAACCAGAACCAGAGGUGACUCCAGAGCUUGAGGUUGAAGUGGUUGCAGCGCCAGAGCCUGAAGUGGAGCUAGAGCCUGUCUUGGAGGAGGUCACAGCAGAACCUGCAGAGGAUGUGAGUGUGGAAGAGGAAGCAGUGGAGGAGGCAUCAGUAGAUGACGUUGAGGAGGCGACGGUGGAGGAGGCGACGGUAGAGGAGGUGACAGUGGAGGAGGCACCUGUCGAGGAGGCGACGGUGGAGGAGGUGUCUUCAGAGGUGCCCGCACCGGCAAAAACCAAAGCAGGCCCGACAAUGAGGGACCGCACGCACAUUGAGGACACGCUGCGAUUGGCUAACACUGACCCCUCAACGGAGCUCUCAGCUGCUAUGAAGAAGCUGCUGAACAUCUUCCACACCGCCAUCCAGCCAAUGGAGCGAGCCUUCAAGUACAAUGAGCUCAGGCAGCAUGAAGUCACAGAUGGCGAGAUCACCUCUAAGCCCAUGGUUCUGUUCCUGGGACCCUGGAGCGUCGGCAAGUCCUCCAUGAUCAACUACCUGCUGGGUCUUCACGGCACCCCUCAGGAGCUCUACACAGGCGCUGAGCCCACCACCUCGGAGUUCACGGUCAUAAUGAACGGGGAGAAGUUCCGGUCCAUCGAGGGCAUCGUCAUGGCAGCGGACAGCUCUCGGUCCUUCUCUCCCCUGGAGAAGUUUGGCCAAGGCUUCCUGGAGAAGCUGGUGGGCAUCGAGAUGCCCCACAAGCUUCUGGAGAGGGUCACCUUCGUGGACACGCCCGGCAUCAUUGAGAACCGCAAGCAGCAGGAGAGAGGUUACCCCUACAACGAGGUGUGCCAGUGGUUCAUCGACCGAGCGGAUCUGAUCUUCCAGGUGUUCGACCCCACGAAGCUGGACGUGGGCGGGGAGCUGGAGAUGCUCUUCAGGCAGAUGAAAGGACGCGAGUCUCAGAUUCGCCUCAUCCUCAACAAGGCCGACAGUCUUACCACCCAGAACCUAAUGAGGGUCUACGGGGCCCUGUUCUGGAGCAUGGCGCCCCUGAUCAACGUCACGGAGCCCCCGCGGGUCUACGUCAGCUCCUUCUGGCCUCAGGACUACGCUGCGGACACCAGCCGAGAGCUGUUCAUGAAGGAGGAGAUCUCUCUGCUGGAAGACCUCAACCAGGUGAUUGAGAACCAAAUGGAGAACAAGAUCGCAUUCAUCCGCCAGCACGGCAUCCGCGUGCGCAUCCACGCCCUGCUGGUCGACCGCUACCUCCAGACCUACUACGACAAGCUGGGCUGGUUCAGCGACCCCUACGAGGUGUUCAAAGACAUCGUCAACGACCCCGACAAGCACUAUAUCUUCAAAUCCAUUCUGGCCAAGACCAACGUCAGCAAGUUUGACCUGCCCAACAAGGAGGCCUACCAGGACUUCUUUGGCGUGAACCCGGUCUCCAGCUUCAAGCAGCUCUCCUCCCACUGCAGCUGGACCGGCGGCUGUCUGCAAGAGAAGCUGGAGAGGGCCAUCUCGUACGACCUGCCGGGCCUGCUCAGCAGCGUCAGCAAGGCCGCGGCCACGCCUGCGCCAGCGAAGGCCGCACCGUCACCUCCGCCUCCGCUCCCUGGCACCUGCGAGGGUCCCGGAUGUGAGGAGAAACCCAAGAAUCGCUGGCGGAAGCAGUGAGGAGAGGAGGCGAGGGGUGCAGGAGGAGGAAUAGAGGAGGCAGAUGGCGGCAGCAAACCGGAGGGUUUUCCUGAUAAUAAUCCUCACCGCUGUGGUGUUCAGAACUGGGGAUGGAGAGACUGAGCGGGGAGAGGGGAAGAGAGUCGAACAUGUGCAGAGAUGUACCGCGCAGAUGUGGGUUAGAUUUACAACAAUUCUCUGGUACACAUUGUCCGAGGACACCCUUCUGGUAUUUAAGGCGGGUAACAUUUUUUUUAAAGUAGGAAAAAAAUGACGCAAAAAAAGGCUUGAAGUCAACUUUCCAUCUGAAGCGAUUGCUGUCUGCAACAAAUGUCUGCAGGUGAAACCUACAACAGGAAGAAAAAAGCUCAAGACGUCUAUUUCCUAUGUAACCGUCCAUGUGGGUGAAAUCUGAGACUGAACGUGUUCUGGGUUCUCACUGUUUUUCAAGUUUGAACAUUAUUUAUUCAAGUUUUUCUGCUUCAGAGAAAGAUGCCGCGGGCAAUUGUAAACCUCUCUCUUUUUGUCCUCUGUGUUGUUUGCAAAGUCUAAAGAUUGAGAUUCAAACUGCCUGUGCUGUGUUUUUCCAAUAAAACCAGGGUAGGGCGUCGUUAUUGUGUCAGGAAGCUUAUUUUCAACGGCGGCCCAACCCAAUAGAGGGAUUGUUCUUAUUUAGUUGUAUUGAGCAGGUAUUUAACCAUGUUUAGUCGCUGCACUGCACUGCAGGAUACUAGAUACUGUCCUCUCUUCCCUAUUGUACAUUCGUCAUAGAAUCACAUUUUAACAACAUAUUCUAAUCAUAGCUUUCUGUUCAUGUAAGCUUGUAUUUUAUGCCACCGCGGCCUUCUCAGCCCUCUGAACUGUUGCUAGUCUUACCUCAAAGCGGCUGCAUUUCCUUUUGAAAAUGUAAUCUUGUCAUUGUUCCUUUAGGUUCGUCAUUCUUUUGAGUGAUUUCUUUUGAGUAAACAACUCAAUUAAAAACUG